AAAACCAAUUCACUAAUACCAGAAGUAGCAGAAUAGUCAUGUCGGUAUUUGGUUCAAUCAGGCGAUCAAGACCGCUUCAGGCCUUACUUUCCCUCCUUGCAUUGGUACUUGUAUAUCUUAUGUUCUUCUCCCCUUGGAGUGGCAGUGACACAUAUACGCCGGAAGAGAUCAAUAAUCUUUUACAAAACAAGGAAUCGCAUAUUGUCAGUUUGAAAAAGGUGGAGCUUACUGCCCAGGAGUUGAAACAGCCAUACCUCGAUAGUUCCCAUUUCAAGACUAAGAACUGGAACUUAAAGGGAAGCACCAUGGUUAAGAACAACGAGUACAUCAGGUUGACAUCUACCAAUCCGCAUUUGGCCAGCAACAUGUUUGCCCAGAAACCGAUCACGGCAGAAUCAUUUGAAAUGGAGUUAACAUUUCACAUUCACAACAAACAGGCUACCCGUGGGUUAGUCGGGGAUGGGUUAGCUGUAUGGUUUCUUGAUAAGCCUUCGGAAAUCGGGAAUGUAUUUGGGAUCGAAAAUCAAUUUAAUGGGUUGGGGGUUAUGAUGGAUACGUACAAAAAUGGAAAACGUGGACAGUUCCCCUAUGUCAAUUUAAUGUUGGGUGAUGGUCAUACCAAGUACAACAAGCAGACUGAUGGGUACGAAACGAGAUUGGCAGGAUGUGUCGCCAAGAAUCUCUUGAAUCCAGCUGCAGGGGAAACCAAAAUGAGACUUGUGUAUAUUAAGAACGGGUACUUGUCGAUUGAUUUCAAUUACUUUGGCAGACACGAAGAAUGGAUGAAUUGUGUUACAUUGACUGAUGUUCACUUGCCCAAGGUGAAAUACCUCGGAUUGUCUGCCAACACUGGUCAAUUGUUUGAAAAUGUCGAUAUUAUUGAAAAUAGAAUGUAUGCUCUUUUCAAGCCCGACGGAAGUUAUGUUCAGUCCAUUGACGAAUUGGAAGACUUGAUCAGAGCCCAACAAAGAUACGAAGAUGAUAUUGAUAAAGUUGCUGAUGUCAUUCACGAAGAACAAGAAGCCAGAACUGCCAAGGGUAAGAGAACCGACAAGAAGGAUUUGAAUAAGAAAAAGCGAAGAUCUUUACAAAGGUUGAAGAAUUCGGAAAGGAGGAUCAAGGAAAGGGAAAGACAAAUGAGGUUGGAAAAAUAUGGUGAUCCUGACGCUACGUUUGUGAGAAGAUGGACCAAACGUAUCUUGUCAGCCAUCAAAUUUAUCAUUUACGGACUAAUCUCCAUCGUCCUUAUUUGGUUUGCAUGGAUUAUUAUUCGAAUGCAAAGACAAAAGAGAAGAACAAAAACCACUGGGUUAUUAGAUUAAACAUAUACUCUAUUUAGGUUCAGCUUCUAUUCCUCUAUUGUCUGAACGAUUACUUGUAUUAAUAACACUCAUACAUUUCCAUUCACUCAAAUAGUUACUCUUCCAUAAUCGUAGUUUUCCAUCAUCACCAGCAGAAGAAAGUAUAGUACCAGUCAUAUUCCAAUUGACCCGCCAUACUUCCAGUUUAUGAUCACUUAAUUUCGCCAAGGUUUCAAUUUUCAAGUCCCCUUGUGGAGUUUCGGUGGCUUUGAAGAUACGAACAUAUCCGUCUUUACAACCAGUGGCUAUUAAAUGGUAGUUACGACCCAUGGAUGGGGCCCAACUAACUGAUCGUAUUAACCCAUUGUGUUCAGGCAAGUUUCCUAGUUUGAUAUACUUUGAUUCCGAUUCCUUAUUAGGUUCAUGGGACUGUGAUAGGGGCAGGUCACCAGAAUCAUCGAGUUUAUUUCGAUUGGGGGCCGUUCCAUAGAUAAACCCCUGGUCUAAUGCCACCACAAUAAACUUUUCCGUAGUGGUAAAUUUGGACGGACACCAUUCUAUGGCAAAACUGCUCUGAAGACUCUUUGCUGGUAACAGCAGGUUCAAAAUAGGGAUCUCAGUAGUCAAUGCCCACUGUGACAAAUCACUUGGCUCCAACGAUUCAUAAAUCCGAAAAAUCCCAUCGGACCCAACACAUCCCAAUUUCAAUCCCAAGUGGUUUGGAGCAAACACAACGUCGUAAAUCGGGGCAUAACUCUCAAUAGCCAAUGUUGCCAAUUUAGUCCAUCGUCUCCCCAGGCCAUGCAAUUCAUCCGGCUGUUCCUGCCAGAUCUUAACCGUACGAUCAAACGAACACGAUGCGAGGAUUUUAGAACUGGAAAAUUCAGGGUGGGCCCAUGAAACACGCACAAUCAGGGAAUCGUGGGCUUUCCACAGGUCAUUGAGGACCCACAGUGAUGUCGUCGAAUCCAAGUCAAACACUUUUAUAUGUUGGUCCGACAGCACCGUGGCAAUGUGUUUACCAUAGAAGUCGUAUUUUAUAUCAUGAAUUAACUCCUCGUGUCCGGUUAAGAAGGGUUUCAUUCUGUAGUCUGUUGUCUUUUGGGUAGAGGGUU